GGUUAGGUUAGGUUGGAACUUCAAAGGUAUAAUUCUGACAAAUGAUGCAUUCCAUUGUUAAAUCAUUAUGCAACUUUCAUAGAUUAUCCAAACCUACUGGUAGAUACAUAUACAAACAAAUACAGAGACCAUAUUCAUCAGAAGCACUAGUCCAACAGCUCUUUGAAGGAUUAUGUGCAAAAGACAGAACCAGUUUAGCCAGAGCGAUUACUCUGGUAGAGACAAGCAAUGCCAAGAAAAGAAAGCUUGCUCAAAAUCUGGUCUCAAUGGUAUCAGCAGACUUGCAAAAGGAGCAAGAUAGAAAUAAAGGCAUACCAUCAUCAUUUAGAAUUGGUCUGUCGGGCCCUCCGGGCGCCGGCAAGUCGACGUUCAUAGAGACGCUGGGAAAGCAGCUGACGGGCGCCGGUCACCGGGUGGCCGUCCUGGCCGUGGACCCGUCCUCCAACACCACUGGAGGCUCGCUACUGGGCGACAAGACGCGGAUGCCGCGGCUGACGGUGGACCCGGCCGCGUACAUCCGCCCGUCGCCCACCGGCGGACACCUCGGCGGCGUCACCCGCGUCACUAACGACACCAUCCUGCUGUGCGAGAGAGCGGCCUAUGACGUCAUCAUCGUCGAAACGGUCGGUGUGGGCCAAUCGGAGAUCAGCGUCUCUGAAAUGGUGGACGUGUUCCUGCUGCUGAUGCCGCCUGCCGGAGGGGACGAACUUCAGGGCUUGAAGCGCGGUAUCGUCGAGCUAGCUGACGUGAUCGCCAUCAACAAGAGUGACGGCGAUCUGGUGCCGGCGGCGCGGCGCAUUCAGGCCGAGUACCUGUCGGCGCUCAAGUUCGUGCGUCCGCGGCUGGCCGGCUGGCGGGUGCCGGUGUUGCGCUGCUCGGCGCGCACCGGCGACGGCAUGACCGAGCUGUGGCAGACUCUGACCGCCUUCCGGGAGCGGAUGACGGCCGACGGCCAGCUGGCCGCCCGGCGGCGCCGGCAGCGCGCCGUCUGGCUGUGGUCGCAGAUCGAGCGCGCCGUGGUGGACGCGUUCCGACGCCACCCGGCCGUGCGCAGUCGGCUGCCCAGACUGGAGCGGGAGGUGGCCACCGGACGACUGCCGCCCGGGGUGGCCGCUGACCGGCUGGUGCAGCUGUUCCUCGAGGGCAGUGGGAGGGGUGGGGAGAGGAGGGCAGAGGAGCGGAGUCGGACGGGACACAGCGAGGAGGGUACUCCUAGGUGACGAGCCGGCCGGUGUGGGUAGGUCAGUUCUGUUGGUUCUAGGUAGUGACCUGGCAAUCACGACCUUUCUGAAUGGUCAGUUGGGGGUGGGCUGGUGCGCUAAGUGGUCUUCCGCAGGGAUCGAUCAACCGGCGAAUAUCCGGAUCGCUGCCGACUCGACUCAACGCUAUAAAAUAACCGGUCCCCGCAGUCAAUCUUCACCAGUCGACAACGCACUAUGUAGGACUGCAGCAGUGCACGACCUCCAACCAGUCAUCUAGAAUUAUGGACUCUAGAGACCCCGUACGAAGUAUCGUGUCCAGAGUCUAGCGAGGUCCGAUUCUUUGCCUAUGUAUAGCCGAUAUAUCGAAUCUUCCUGUCCGUAUUCUACAAGUACAUGUAAUGGCUGGACAAAGACCGUGUGAUGUUCAAAAUAUGGCCUACAGUGGUGUUACAGCCAUCUAAUAAUGCAAUUCUGUGACAUAGCUGUAUUAUGCCGUAAAUUCUGAAACGAACAGAAAAUCGUAUGAAACAGUCGUUAAAUCGUUUAGAAUGAAGUCAGCCAUUAACUCAUUGCACAGUACAUAGCAAAAAUUAAUCAUUUCAACCAACUUACAUCGUUUGCGCCUUUCUGCCUUUCAAUUCAUCCAAACAAUGCGGAACGUUCGUGACGCCGCCACGCGGCCGAACUCUUUGCCUCCACCGCGCCGCUAAUGCCUUUCGUCGACGGAGGACGAGGCAACCAAAAUAUACGGCCCGCGACACUCGCGGUUACAUGGCUCCUCUAAAUUUGGUAAACAAAAUUUACUUCUCUAGCAUCUCCCACACACUUAUCGCCACGCAUGUGACUGCGCAUGACUCAUGACUUCUCAUAACGCUUAGGUGAGCACUUCUCACGGCACGUGUG